AUCGUCGUGUAGGGCUCUGGUAUCCGCGGGACACGGUCUGGCACGAGCGGCUAUUGCUGUACCCCGCCAGAGGGACGUACUGUUGGAUCCUCACGCCCGACCUGAACAGGUAUCCCGAGGACGUGGCGGGCUCCAUGGGCGACGGGUGCGGCAGGGCCUUCGCCUGUGCUCCGAACGGCACGGCGCCCGCCCUGGCUCACGGUGCUUGGACCGUUGCCUGGCAGCGUUUCCGAGGCCUGGUGCAGACGUCGCGGAGUAACCAGUGCGCCGCCGCCUGCCGCUGCGGGUCGGCGGGGGCGCGGUGCACGGCCACCCCGCCUGGCGCCGUGCCGCUGGAGGACGCGGCGGCGCCUGGUCCCCCCGGGGCCCCCGCCGCCUCGGCCUCGCUGGGGCCGCCCGAGGGCUGCGCCUGGGUGGUGAGCUCACCCAGGCGCCUGCCCGUCGGCCAGGAAGCUACGCUGGAGUCGGACAGCGUGCGGCUGGACGAGACCCACGCGGUGCGCAUCGGGCUGGUGGACUCGUUCAGGGACAGCCGCUCACGCGAGCUCAUCAGGCUGCUGGGAACCGACCUUGCUGAGAGGUAUCCCGGAGGCGCUGGGCUCGGCGGCGAGGCGGCCGCUCCCGGAGCCUCCGUCGGAGCUCCCGACCUGGAGGCUGGCGAAAAGGACUUGAGAGAUAGGCUCGGAGCGCCGCCGCCUGAGGGCCUUCAAAAGCCUGACGCUGGCGACGAUGUGCGAACUUUGUGGGUGCAGCCUGACGAGCGUGGAGAGCGGCGCAAGCUGUGGCGGGAGGUCGUACGUGAGGUGAAGCGGUGUGCGUUCAAGGACUGGCCGCUGGAGGACGGCCUCUCGACGGUGGAGCACAUGUUCAAGAAGUGGGAGCAGAACGGUGGGAACCCGUUGCUGUGGCUCGAGAUGUGGACCCGCGAUCGGAUGCUGAUUUCUACGGAUCGGACCUACAUCGAGAUGGAGUGCCUGCUGUCCGCCAUUUAUUUCGCGGGGAGCUAUGACCAUAUCAAUCUCGCCAGCAUGGCAAGCGUGGAAGUAUUGUGCCGAUGGGUGUCGCAGAUCGUGGAGGCCUACCCUGGUGAUCCGACGAAGCCCCCGAAAUGGGGGGGCCUGCGUCACUGCGUGGGCGUGGCGGGCCCUAUGGACGUCAUCGACCCCGCCCUGCGCGCGGCGGUGUUCCGCCGCUGCAAGGAAGAGAUGGAGCUGGAGAAUUGGAAGGCCGCGCGACAGGCGUGCCCCCGCCGAACCCGCUGGCCCAGGAGGCGGGCGAGGGCCUGCCCACUGCUGGGGGCGCUGGUGGAGCCGAUGGCCGAGGCAGCGGGCGCGGCGGCGGUCGAGGGGCUGGCGGCCGAGGCGGACGAGGCGAUGCCGGACGAGCAGCUGGACGAGGAGGCGGCGGGCGCGCUUCGACGGCGCGCAGUUACAGGGCCGCGGUGCUGCGCGGCUCGCCGGGCGGGCCCGUCGUGA